UGACCGCUUUAUCGCAAACGUCAACACAAUGGCUGCAUACUUACAGUGGCGUAAAUUUGCAUUCUUUGACAAAGACACAGUAAAGGAUCGUUUAGAUAAUGGGAAAAACUUUGAUCUUCCGAAUGGAAUAUCGGCGUGCGACUCCGGACGUGGUCAUAUUGUUCUUGGAGAUAUGGACGGCAACAUCUGGCUUAUGAUGCGCUCAUUGCAGCUGACAACUUUCCAGGCUUAUAAGUUGCGAGUAACACAUCUCUUCCAACUGAAACAACACAGCAUCCUUGUAACAGUGGGACAGGAUGAACACGGAAUGAACCCCCUGGUAAAGGUGUGGAACUUAGACAAAAGAGACAGCGGGAAUCCUCUCUGCACAAGAAUUUUUCCUGCAAUUCCAGGCAACAAACCGGCAGAGGUGUCAUGCCUGAGUGUACAUGAGAACCUCAACUUUAUGGCCAUAGGUUUUACAGAUGGCAGUGUCGUUCUAACCAAAGGUGACAUCACUCGAGAUCGGCACAGUAAAACCCUGACUCUACACGAAGGAACCAUCCCAGUCACUGGUCUCGCGUUCCGCCAAGUUGCAAAAGUCACACAUUUGUUCGUUGCCACUCUUGAGAAAGUCCAUUGCUACACCCUGUCUUUCAAAGAGUAUCCAAAAGUCGAACUGGAUACACAUGGGUGUGCUCUUCGCUGCUCCUCCAUCACAGAUCCCUCACAGGAUUCUCAGUUUAUAGUUGCUGGUGAUGAAUGUGUGUAUUUGUACCAGCCAGACGAACGAGGUCCCUGCUUUGCCUUUGAUGGAACCAAACUUUUGGCCCACUGGCAUCGAGGAUAUCUUUUCUUACUUACUCGGAAUACAAAGUCACCCAACAAGACGAGGUUCGGAAGCAGGGAAAGCUCCCCGUCAGACAAACAGCUUCUGACCAUCUAUGACUUGGACAACAAGUUUAUCGCCUACAGUGCGUCAUUUAAUGACGUCAUUGAUGUGGUGGCUGAGUGGGGCUCCUUUUACAUCCUCACCAGAGAUGGUAAAAUGUAUGUUCUUCAAGAAAAGGACACACAGACCAAACUGGAGAUGCUGUUUAAGAAGAAUUUAUUUGUCAUGGCUAUAAACCUAGCUAAAAGCCAGCACCUGGACAGUGAUGGGCUAUCGGAGAUCUUCAGACAGUAUGGUGAUCACCUUUACCUUAAGGGAGACCACGAUGGCGCUAUUCAGCAGUACAUCCGCACGAUUGGGAAGCUGGAGCCAUCUUACGUUAUUAGGAAAUUUUUAGAUGCACAGAGAAUCCACAACCUGACAUCUUAUCUCCAAGCAUUGCACAGGCAGUCGUUGGCCAACGCAGACCACACUACACUACUGCUGAACUGCUACACUAAGCUGAAGGACAGUUCGAAGCUGGAAGAGUUCAUUAAGAGCAGUGAAAGCGAGGUCCAUUUUGAUGUGGAGAUUGCUAUUAAGGUUCUACGACAGGCCGGCUAUCACAGCCAUGCUGUUUUCUUGGCAGAGAAGCACAUGCAUCAUGAAUGGUAUUUGAAGAUACAACUUGAAGAUCUCAAGAACUACGAGGAAGGGCUACGAUACAUCGGACGCCUUCCUUUUGAACAAGCCGAAAGCAACAUGAAGCGUUACGGCAAGACGCUGAUGCAUCAUAUUCCAGAAGGUACAACGGUGCUUCUGAAAGGCUUAUGCACUAACUACCAACCGAGCGGGGAAAGCGCUGAAACCGACAGCCACUUGGAGAAGAAGCAGCUCAAUAAGGCCAACUCUGAGGAAUUCAUUCCAAUUUUUGCCAACAACCCCCGAGAGCUGAAAGCCUACCUAGAACACAUGAUUGAGGUGGAUCCCCGGUCUCCCCAAGGGGUUUAUGACACGCUCCUUGAGCUCCGACUGCAAGACUGGGCACAUGAACAGCACCCUGAGAAAAAAAAGAUCCUGCAAAAUGAAGCCUUGUCACUCCUGAGGAGCGACAAUACCGUGUUUGAUAAAGCCCUGGUCCUCUGUCAGAUGCACAACUUCAAAGAGGGCGUCCUUUACCUCUAUGAAAAGGGCAAACUAUAUCAGCAGAUUAUGCACUACCACAUGCAGAAUGAGGUGUACGACAAGGUGGUAGAAGCUUGCAAAUCUUAUGGGGACCAGGAAGGUUGCCUAUGGGAACAAGCGUUGGGAUACUUUGCAAGAAAAGAAGAAGACUGCAAGGCGUACAUCAGUGAAGUCUUGCAUCACAUUGACAAGAACAACCUGAUGCCUCCUUUACUUGUGGUACAGACACUGGCACACAACUCUACAGCAACUCUGUCAGUUAUCAAAGACUACCUAAUCAAUAAGAUGCAGAGGGAAAGUGAACAAAUUGAGGACGAUGAACGUAAAAUCCGUCAAUAUCGUGAGGAAACUGCUCACCUUCGUGCUGAGAUCCAGGAACUCAAGACAAGUGCGAAAAUAUUCCAGAAGACAAAGUGCAACAUGUGCAACAGUCCCCUGGAGCUCCCAUCAGUUCAUUUCCUGUGUAGCCACUCCUUCCACCAACACUGCUUUGAAAGUUAUGCCGAGAGCGAGGCCGAGUGCCCAACAUGUACUCCAGAAAACCGCAAAGUCAUGGACAUGCUGCGUGCCCAGGACCAGAAGCGAGACUUGCAUGACCACUUCAAUAGACAGUUACGCAGCUGUCAUGAUGGAUUCUCUGUUGUGGCCGACUACUUUGGCCGAGGGGUUUUUAACAAACUAACUCUUCUUACGGACCCACCCGGCAGCAAACCUGUCGGUAAUCUAGAAGUCGGUCUGCAGAGAGACCUUCUCAUCCGCACCAAGAGGAACUGCUAGAUAAUCUCAAUCUAUCAUGUCUUUCUGCGGGGGGACACUACCUUUAAUGCCCCUUCUGCCUGUUUUUUUUAAGUAUGUGUGAUGGAUAUCUACCCUGAGUAAUGAUUUAAUAAAUGCAGUGGUACCUCGCUUUUUGUUAUUAAGUUGUUAACUCAGAGCACUGGACUAAAACUGCACUUACAAAUGAGACCUGUGUGCUUGCUUUUAUUCUGCACUAACCACCCGCAGCAUCAUGACCAUGUCCACAUCUUGCUUGAUUACAUACGAGAUCUGUUUUUUUUUUUUUUUAAUGUGUCCCUUUUAAUGAAAUGUAUACAUUUAAUAAUGUCUAUUCAUGUGGUUUUAGUUAGUUUUUAAGUGAUGCAAUGCAGAUCUACACAGCCCGUGUCUUAAUAUUUUAACUCAUGUAGCUAUUUGGAGGAGCAUGCAAGAAAAAAACAGGUCAUGUACCUUUCACUGGUGAGAAUAUAAAUUGAGGAUUAAAAUUGA